GACAGUGUCAUCUCCAUCCUCUAAUAAAAAGAGCCAUAAGAAGGUGCCAGUCACUUGUUCAGGUGUGUCUGCUAGGCAACGAAGAAUUAAUUCAAAGAAAAGAAUUGUGAGCCAAAAACCAACGGUACAACUUAGUGCCUCUAAGCAGCUAAGAUCACUCAUUAGUCCAGAGCUCCUUCAAAAUCGCUUCAAGGGCUAUGUAAAAGGUGUAGUAAGUGAAGAGAUGCUCAGCCACUCGGAAGUAGUUCGCCUGUCAAGGAAAAUCAAGACCGGACUUUCCUUGGAGGAGCGAAAAUCAAGAUUGAAGGAGAAAUUGGGGUGUGAGCCCACAGAUGAACAGCUUGCAACUUCCUUGAUGAUUUCUCGCACUGAAUUACAAUCAAAAUUAAUUGAAUGCCAUCUUGCUAGAGAAAAAUUGGCAAUGAGCAAUGUUCGUCUGGUGAUGUCCAUAGCUCAAAGAUAUGAUAACAUGGGUGCCGAAAUGGCUGACCUUGUCCAGGGUGGUUUAAUUGGACUUCUACGUGGUAUCGAGAAAUUUGAUUCUUCAAAGGGUUUCAGAAUUUCAACUUAUGUAUAUUGGUGGAUACGUCAGGGAGUUUCAAGAGCAUUAGUUGAGAACUCAAGAACUUUAAGGUUGCCUACUCACUUGCAUGAAAGAUUGGGUUUAAUCCGGAAUGCAAAGAUAAGACUGGAAGAGAAAGGAAUAAUACCAUCAAUCGAUAGGAUUGCAGAAAGUCUGAACAUGUCCCAGAAGAAAGUUAGGAAUGCCACUGAGGCAGUCAGUAAAGUCUUCUCACUUGACAGAGAUGCAUUUCCUUCUUUGAACGGACUUCCAGGAGAAACACAUCAUAGUUACAUUGCCGAUCCCCACCUGGAGAACAAUCCAUGGCAUGCAUUUGAUGAGUGGGCACGUAAGGAUGAAGUAAACAGGCUCAUUGAUGUGACACUUGGAGAACGAGAAAGGGAGAUUAUACGCCUUUAUUAUGGUCUAGAUAAGGAUUGUCUUACAUGGGAGGACAUUAGUAAACGGUGAGUAAUAAAACUUCAAUUUUUUCCGUGAAAAGUUUGUACCCAAGUGAUGUAUAAACGCUUUGGUUGGUAAUGCAUUUAUUGUUAAGGGGCUUAUCAGAAUGAUGGAAUCUUAAUUACCACCUAAGUCGCCAUCUUCUGGAAGCUGGAAUCAUAUAGUGUUUAUUUGGGAGAAGUGCACACAUUACUUCCAAGGUGGUUAUACUUGGAAACAAGACUGUCAAAUUGCUUCCAUAAUUUGUUAAGAAACCUUCCACUUUUUAGUAUAAUUGGAGCAUGAAAUGCUAAGGUAGAGAACU